AUGGCUUUACCGGAGGCUUUCAGCAUCUAUGAGACUCGGACUUCCGAUCAAAGUAUACUUGCUGAAGACCGAAUGCUCCCCGGAACCCUUCGUGACACGUCCUUUUUAACGAGAGUACUUUGCCUUUUUGCACUAGGACGCCUCGAUCUUGAAGCCCAUUGGGGAUCAUUGCAAUCUGAGGAGGCAUUCAAGAACGUGAGGGAAAAGCUAUGUUCUAUCCUGACCAACACUAUCACCGCAAAGGCGGGUCUACUUCUCGCGACAAGUGGUGUUUUCGUGACCACUGUCUCUCCCGCUCCGUAUUUCGACUACACGUCGCCCGCCCCCUAUUUUCUACUCUUCAUAUCACUCAUGAUGGCCAUGAUUGCAAUGUUGACGUCUGGCUUGAGCAUGAUGCGUUGGCUACACGCCGAUCGGCAGUGCACGCAAGAACAAAUCAAGCCGGGCGGUUUUUUCCUCUUGUCAUAUCUCUUAUCGAUGGUCAUGCCCAUGUUCUUUGUUGGUUUGUCCCUGAAUUGCUUCAUAUUUGCGAUGUUGAUCGCAGGCUUCUACUCUCAAGACACUGUCUGUCGCAUCCUCACCGCGGUCUGGCUCGUCGCAUACGUCGUCAGCGUUGGGUCAAUGUCGAUCGAAUUUAUGUGGAAGUUUGCCAAGUGUUUCAAGUUACUCUGA